AUGAAAGGCAAGGUUGUUCCUGGACCUGAGCUUAAAGUAGCUGAGGUCGUGGAGAUGAUACUUGCUGGUGCAGUAACUUGUGUGCUAACAGCCGUAGAUCCCAAAUUCAAAGAACCUGGGGCCGCCAUUUGUCAGUUCUUUGCUCAAGAAGAAAAGCUCAAGUUGCAACCGGGUUGUAACGCAGCUCAGACCCUUGAAGCCGAGAUAACAGGUGUCCUAAAUAAAAUUAGGGAUGAGACUGGAAAGUGGGGAGCUGGAUUUGCAACGUUCUGGUAUCCCCGUGGUUCAAGAAACAGCAAGGCUUCACUGCUGCCAUGGCAUGUCUUCUUCGGAGUCUACAUUUACGUGCUUGCAGUUGCCGCUUGUGCUACUGGCCUUUUAGAAAAAGCUACGUUUCUUCAAACCAACAACAUAAUAUCGCGUUAUUCUGCAGAAGCAAUGUUAGUGAAUAUAUUGGGUGUCUUGAUCGUUAUCUUGGGCGGGUUUGUUAUUCUUGGUGUCAUAUCACCGCCAAGUGGCAAAGGCUCAGAGGAUCAAUAG